CACACGUGAUUUCCUGUUUCCUCUCACGUGGUGAUUAUUCUCUUUUCAUGGCGGUGCGGUGCAGAGUUUUAGCCGGCAGAUAUCUCGCGAGAAGCGUUUGUGGCCAUUACUCGGUUCCUCACAAAUAUUUCACUUAUUCCUUCCUCAGACACUAUUCAAGUAGCAGCACUGGUGUUGAGAAGAAAUAUGAGAUUGAUCCUGGUGACUUUCCUCAAGAAAAUAUUCGAAACUUUUGCAUUGUGGCCCACGUGGACCACGGGAAGAGCACACUCUCUGAUCGCCUCCUCGAGUUCACGGGUACGAUUAAGAAGUCUGCAGAGAAUAGACAAGUCCUGGACAAACUUCCUGUGGAAAGAGAAAGAGGGAUAACUGUCAAAGCGCAGUCGGCAUCUAUGAUAUAUGACCACGAGGGAACAUCCUAUCUACUCAACCUCAUUGACACACCAGGACACGUAGACUUCAGCUACGAGGUCUUGCGUUCGGUCGCUGUCUGUCAAGGCGUCAUACUCUUAGUGGAUGCAAACCAGGGCAUUCAAGCUCAGACAGUGGCCAAUUUCAACAUGGCGUUCUGUUCAGAAUUGACCAUAAUCCCGGUGCUCAACAAGGUAGACCUGAAGAAUGCAGACGUCGAGGGCGUAUCAGAUCAGAUGAACAACCUGUUUGGGACCCAGAAGGAAGAGAUCCUCAAAGUAUCUGCGAAGCUUGGCACAGGAAUCGAGGAACUCAUUAAAUCCAUCAUCGAAAGGAUACCACCUCCCAAGGGUGACGUGUCAGCUCCAUUCCGCGGUUUCCUGCUGGACUCCUGGUACGACAGGUACCGCGGAGUCAUCGCCCUCGUCAUCGCUGCCGACGGGGAACUGCACCCUGGAGACGAAAUCAUUUCGCAUACAUCGGCAACAUCGUACAUCGUUCGAGACUUGGGAUUCAUGCAUCCUGACGAGACGCCAACACCGAAAUUGUGUGCCGGGCAGACUGGCUACGUGGUGGCCAACAUGAGGUCUCCGAGAGAAGCGCACGUGGGUGACACAUUAUCACAUAAAUCCCCAGACAUAAAGCCAUUACCCAAGUUUGAGCAAUCGAAACCUAUGGUAUUUGCCGGAGUCUACCCAGAGGACCAGUCCCAAAACACGGAGCUGCGAAGUGCUAUCGAAAGACUUCUUCUUAAUGAUCCCAGUGUUCAGGUUUCACUGGAAUCGAGCCCUGCCUUGGGCCAGGGCUGGAGACUAGGUUUCUUGGGUCUCCUGCACAUGGAUGUCUUCUGCCAGAGAUUGGACCAAGAAUUUAAUGCCCAGGUUGUGGUCACCGCUCCUAGUGUCUGUUAUAAAGUGAAAAUUGUUGGUGCCAAGAAUAUCAAACAGUACGGCGGUGAAAUGGUCACGAUAAAUAAUCCACUACUGCUACCUGAUCCAUGUAUCGUGAAAGAGUAUUAUGAACCAAUGGCCACUGGAACAAUCAUCUCGCCAGACAAGUACCUCAGUGACAUCAUGAGCUUGUGCAUGAACAGAAGAGGUCAAUCGAAGAGCACACAAAACAUAGAUAAUCGCACCAUAAUGCUCCAGUACAAAUUCCCGUUAAAUGAGAUCAUCGUGGAUUUUUUUGACGAACUCAAGUCUGUCACUUCGGGUUAUGCAAGCUUUGACUAUGAGGAAACUGGAUACGAGCUCAGCAGCUUGGUGAAGAUGAGCAUCCUUAUCAAUGGGAAGGAAGUCGACGAACUAACCUCAAUAGUGCACAGCACUCGUGCCCGUAUUGUGGGUCGAUCCAUGCUGCUCAGACUGAAAGAGGCCAUCCCACAGCAAUUGUAUGCUGUCGCUCUUCAGGCCGCAAUUGGCGGGAAAGUGAUUGCCAGAGAAGACAUCAAGGCCAUCAAGAAAAAUGUUCUUGCCAAAUGUUACGGGGGCGACGUUACGAGGAAGAUGAAGUUGCUGAAGAGGCAUUCGGAGAAGCAGAAGACAUUGAGGCUUAUCGGCAACAUAGAAAUACCCAGGGAUGCCUUUAUUAAAGUGCUAAAACGCAGCUAGUAGGUUACUUUUUCUACUCGCUGUUUCUUUACACAGUUAGUGUUCCGCUAGUUCGGAAUAAAGCUGUAUAGUUGGCAUUGA